AAAUUUAAAUAAAUGAGAUACUAAUAAUUUGAUUUUUUAAAAACAAAAUAAUUCUAUUUAAAAUUUAUAUCAACUAUUCUCUUUAAUAUUAUGGAUGUUCAAACUGUAACGACGAGUUUAGACGCAUUGCUACACAGAGCAACAAGCACAGAAAGUGACAUACCAGAUCCUUUAGCAACUGAAGCAUUUUGUGUAGUUCUUAAAAAGGAACAAGAAGGUCCCUAUAUUGCAAGUAGACUUAUUGUAUCAAAGAUGCAUUCUGAAAAUCCCAAUGUAGCUCUUCUCGCCCUUCAAGUUUUAGAAGUAGCCAUGAAGAAAGGUGGUAGUUCAUUUCAAGCUGAAAUAGGAAAAUUUAAGUUUUUAAAUGAAAUGGUUAAACUUGUUUCGCCAAAAUAUUUAGGAAAUAAAACAUCUCAACCUGUAAAGGAAAAGGUUUUACUUUUGAUGCACACAUGGCAAUUUGACUAUCCAAAGGAAAUAAAAAUUAAGGAGGCUUAUUUAAUGCUGCAAAAGCAAGGCGUGAUUAAGAAUGACUUUCCAGCUCUUUUAAAUGAUAAUCAAGAACAAGGCAGCAAGCAUGAAAUAGAACCUGCAAAAAUUCAACAAAAGAAGAAAGUUAUAAAUGUUCAAGACGAAGAAAAGUCGAAACUAUUGAAAAAGUUAUUGCAAAGUAAAAAUCCAGAAGAUAUUCAAGCAGCAAAUCGCCUUAUAAAAAAUAUGGUUAGAGAAGAUGAAAGGAGAAUGGAAUUAAUUAAACAACAAAAAUCAGAAAUAAGUUCAAUAAACAAUAAUGUUAGUCUAUUAAACGAACUGCUGGAUCAAUAUAAAUCAGGAUCAAGUUCUGAUGAAGAUCUGCAGCUUAUAAAAGAUAUAUAUUCCAAUUGUAAAGAUUUUCAACGAAAAAUAUAUAGAAUAACUCAAGAAGCUCAAGAUCAGGAAGAUAUAUUAUGUGAAGUACUGCAGGCAAGCGAUGAACUUCUGCAAGUUCUGGAAAAAUAUAAAAAGGUUAUAGAAGAUAAUGUUUCUGCUCCCAUAUGUUUAGAUACAAGUAGUGCAUCAUUAUUGGAUUUGGAUGCUACUCAUAAUGGCGAUAGUUUAAUUUUGUCUAAUGCAGACAAUAGACAAGAUUUUACUUCAAAUUCCUCACAGUCAAGUGAGUUGCUUGAUAUAUUUUUAAGUAUUGAACAUGAAACUGCAUCCUCCAGUGAAGACGUAUUGAAACCAUUAACGUUGCAAGAUGUGGCUAAAGAACAAACUAACGGUGAUAAUAAAAAAAUAUCAGCUAUGGAUGAACUGAAUCUACUUGGUGAGAAUUUAUUAAAAAGUAGUUUAGUGGAUGGUACUAGAGCUCCAUCAUUCACAAGAGCACCUACAAAAGUUCCGAUGAAUUCAUUAUUCACAUUAAGAGAUGAUACAACCAACACAUCCUCAAAAAGUGAAGAAUUGGAUUUGAAUGUUUUGAUUGGAGAUUGUUUGAAAUCAGUACCUACAUCCGAGGCGAAGGCUGUGCAAGUAAAUAAUACAAGUUCUGUAGUAGAUGACCUGAUGAUUGAUAUGUCGGAAGGAAAGGUGAAAUGCGAGAAAUAAAUCACACUUUAGUUUACACAAAAUGCUGGACAUUGUUGUAACUAAAUUUAUGUAAUUUUGAAUUUCUAAUUUCUGUUUGAAUGUUGAAGUAACAUUUUAUUUAAAAAA